AUGCAAAAUUUUGAGACUGUAGAGGUUGUAAAUCCAACUAUUGAUUAUUUAAUAAUAAAAUGUGGACAAAAUCUUUAUGAGCAUUACUUAUGUGACAAAGAACCUGGAUAUAAUUGUGAAGUAAUAGCUAAUUGGCAGUGUGGAGUUGUAUAAUAGGAAUUCUUACCAUUUGAUCAUGGUGAAUCUAAAUAUGCUAUUUUGAAUAAAUGGAUAGAUGAAGAUGAACCUCAUUUUAAAACAAUUGAUAAUUUGACUGCCAAGGGAGUUAAAAUAGUUAAGUUAUAGUAGCCAUAAACAGGAUAAGAAACUUAUGAUGAUGCUAGAUCCUCAAAAAGCCAAUCUUCAUCAAGAUUCUCUAGAAAUUCAAUGUCAAAGUUUUAACAUUCUGUCAGCAAAAUGAAGCUUCUAAACAAAAUUGGUGGAUCUUCUUAAUAGAUUACGACUAUUUAAUCGGUAAUCCAAGAAGAAUACAAACCCAAUCUAAUAAAAAUGCCCGAGACCAAAAAGCCUCCAACUCCAGAUGCUAUAAUAGAACGACUUCGCGAAUAGAGAGAAUAUUAAGAACUAGACAAAUAGAAGGAGAAUGAGAGAAUGCGUAAAAUCAAGGAAGAGUAAAUCGAAUAAGAGGAGAAAAAGAAGGAACAGAUAAAAUAAUUGAAAAAUAAGCAAUACACAUAUGAUUAUGAUGGUUAAGUGGUGUUUCUAACAACGAAGCCUAUAGAUUUACAGAUCAAUGAAAUUCUUUAACCUGAGACAAAAACUAAUUAACCCCAGAGGAUCAUGAAGGAAGUAAAUUCGUAGCCUGAAAUUAAACCAGUUAAGGAAGCAUUUGCCAAAGGAGACGAGGACAAUAAGAGACUUGAAAAGGCAGCAGCUAUUGAAUACCCAAAAUAGCCUCCUUUAAUUGAAGCCAUGAAGUCUAAAUUAGGUACAAAUAUCAUUUUUGAUAAUGGCUACAUAAAGGAAGGAGGAGAAUAUAGGAUUCCUGAUAGAAUGAGUAAGAAAGAUUAUCAAACUAUUGUUGAUGGUUUACAAUAGAAAAAUAAGAAGUAGUACGAGGAUGAAGAAGAUGGAGUUGUUGAGAAAAUGGAUUCGUAUGACUAGAAAAUAUACGAUGCCAUCAAUCGUGAAGGUGAUAGGAAUAUCAAAAUUUCAAAUGAAUAAUAUUUUAAAUGGAUGAUGGAGGAUGAGGAUAUCAAAAAGUCAUAUCAUUCAUCUUCAGCAGAUUCAGCUAAUGCAAAGAGUGUUUAUGAAAGCAAGAAGCAAUCCAAAAAGUACACUCAAGAUAAAGAAAAGAUAAGUCCCAAGAAAAUAAAGUCAUAAUUUGAUAGAAUAAAUGCUUAUAAGAAUUUUGAUGAUAUGAAAAAGCCUCAAAAUCUUAAAGCUAGUAAAUUACACAAAGCAUUGAAUGAAUUUGAUUCGAAAUUGUAAAAUCCAAGAUGGGGUUACACUGAUGAAAAAGAAAUAGCACAACCAAGCUCAACAAUCUACAAAUUAAAGCAUAAAUCUGAAAGCCAACCUAAAUUGCCUCCCUUAAGAUCAAAAGGGAGAAUUUGA